AGUGGUGGGCAACAAAUUGUAGUGGAACCUGGCCCAACAAAGCCAGGGAGUUGGGGGAGAGCUCGUUCCUGGCCAGUUGGGAUCAACUCCACUUGGGGUGGGACCUCCAGAAAAUCAUCGUCUCAGCAAUUUUCCCCCUGGACUUUAUUAUUAUUGGACUUGAGUUCUGAAUCUCUUCAAUUUCUCUAUUCCAAUCUUAGAAAUUUCGAUUCGGGUUUUGGUGGUUCCCGGGCUUACUCUGUACUUCCACUUCCGUUUGCGAACCCUGCAGACCGAUUCCGCAUUUGA